CCGUUCCUGUUGAGUCAGCUCUGACUCAUAGUGACCAUAUAGGACAGAGUAGAACUGCCCCAUAGGGCUUCCGGGGAGCACCUGGUGAAUUUGAACUGCCAACCUUGUGGUUAGCAGCCCUAGCUCUUAACCACUAUGCCCCCAGAGUUUAAUUAUCUUAGGUGAAGGGAAGGACAAAAUACAAUUCAGGGGAAGUCAGCACAACUGGACUAAACCAAAAGCUAGUAAGUUUUCCAGAAUGCAGCCAAACACUUCAAGGGACAGAGUAGCAGGUGGGGGUCUGGGGACCAUGGUUUCAGGGAACAUCUAGGUUAGUUGGCAUAACAAAGUUUAUUAAGAAAAUGUUUUGCAUCCCACUUUGGUGAGUGGCACCUGGGGUCUUAAAAGCUAGCCAGCAGGAGGCAGAGCCAAGAUGGCAGAGUAGUCAGAUGCUUUCGGUGAUCCCUCUUAAAACAAAGACCUGAAAAAACAAGUGAAACGAUUAUAUAUAUGACAAGCUAGGAGCCCUGAACAUCAAAGGCAAAGUUAGAAAACAGUCUGAGCGGCAGGGGGAGGGAGAGACUGUUCAGAAGUAGUGAGGAGUUGCCAGACCUGACUCAGCGGGAACCCUCAGGCACGAUCCCCUGGAGCCAACAAGGCGGGGCUGGCAGUAGCAUUCCAGACACCGUUUCCUCAGGGACAGACAGCGAGCGGCAUGGCCUACUCACACCUCUGGAAUCAGAGAACGGCGCUCUCAGCAAAAGCUAAGUACCUAUGUUUAUUUUACUGCACCUCCAGCCCCCAAGCUGGCUUCAGUGGCUGUUGAUUUCCCUGGGCCUGAGAUAGGUUCUGCUGCAUGCUCUGAGCCAUUUUCCUGGCCUUGGAGAAGGAAUAAAUUCACAACUGGGGGAAAAGAUAAUCUAGCAGCUCCACCAAGCUGGGGAGCUCGGGACAGAGGUGACUCCUGUCUAGGCACAAACGGGCCACGGACUUUGAAUACCUUUCACCCUUGCAUGGACCUGUGUGGGCCCAUUUCGGGAGAAUAGGCCCUUGUUGGCAGACUGCAGCUGUUUCAGCUGUGCGGCGGAGAGGUAGGUUUUUGAUAUUUGACACCGCUUUGCCUGUUAAACAGGGUUCUCACCUACCUACAUCAGGAGCCUAAGGACUGGUGGUUCCACCCAUGUCACCUAGCCACCCGUUACAGGGAUCCAAGGAUAAGUGGUACCUCCCAGUCCUUCCACCCAAAAGGAUUGGGUGCCCAUGGCCCAGCUGCAGAAUCCACCCACCUGUGUGCUGCAGGACACAGGGAUACACUUUACUCACAGACACUCGGGGGAGAGUUGUCAACCCCCUGCCUUGUUCAGAAUAUGACCCCCUGCUGCAACCAGUACCUGUGCCUACACCGAUCACCUCUGCCCCCUCUAAGACUGUAGGACAGAGCCUGUACCACACAGUUGAUGACCAACUACCUGGACACCUGAGCUGAAUCCAUACAAGAAAAGUGAAUGGACUCCUGGGCUUAUAUACCUGAUAACAGCUCUAACCGUCUGGUGACAGGGUGUUAGAGCUUCAAAGGCGAAAAUAAUCAAGCAGCCUAUUUAGGCAUAUCAAAACAAAACAAAGUAAGAAGCUAGGAUACAGUAAGCAAACAUAAAAUAAAUCCAGUAAUUUAUAGAUGGUUCGGAGACAACAGUCUAUCAAAUCACAUAAAGAAGCAGACCAUGAUCGCUUCAAUAAGCUCUCAGAACAAAGAAUCAAGGAAUCUUCCAUAUGAAAGUGUAUUCCUGGAAUUACCAGAAGUAGAAUACAAAAGACUAAUUUACGGAACUCUUCAAGACAUCAGGAACGAAAUCAGGCAAAAUGCAGAACAAGCCAAGGAACACACAGAUAAAACAGUUGAAGAAAUUAAAAAGGUUAUUCAAGAACAUCAUGAAAAAUUUAAUAGGCUGCAAGAAUCCAUAGAGAGACAGCAAUCAGAAAUUCAGAAGAUUUUAACAAUGAAAUUACAGAAUUAGACAACUCAAAAGCUAGCCAGCGGCCAGCUGAGAUACAUCAAUUGCUCCCAACCCAAAGGAGAAUGAAGAACACCAAAGACACAAGGAAAAUAUUAGCCCAAGAGACAAAAAGGGCCACAUAAACCGAGGCCAGAAGAGCUAGAUGGUGCCUGGCUAAAAGCAAUGACCACCUUGACAGGGAACACAACAGAGAGUCCCGGACAGAGGAGAAAAGUGAGGUGCAGAACUCAAAUUCUAGUGAAAAGACCCGGCUUAAUGGUCUGACUGAGACUGGAGGAGCCCCAAAAGACAUGGCCACCAGACUCUCUGUUAACCUAGAACUAAAACCAUUCCUGAAGCCAACUCUUCAAACAUGGACUGGACUAUAAGACAUAAAAUGAUACCCAUGAAGAGUGUGCUCAAUUCAAGUAGAUACAAGAGACUAAAAGGGCAGCUCCUGUCCGGAAGUGAGAUGAGAAGGCAGAAAGGAACAGGAGCUGGUUGAAUAGACACAGGAAAUCUGGAGUGGAAAGGGGGAGUGUGCUGACAUAUUAAAGGGUAGCAACUACGGUCACAUAACAAUGUGUGUAUAAAUUUUUGUACGAGAAACUAACUUGAGCUAUAAGCUUUCACUUAAAGCACAAUUUAAAAAACGAAAAAGAAAAAAAAAAAAAACCUCUGGAUCUGCAGCUGACGUGCACUGCAUAUCAUUGAUUCUGACUUAGGCACCAAAGUCACAUUUCAAAACUCAUUUGCCUUCUUCAUACACCUAACUGCUCUCACUUCACUUCCAUUUGUGACUUUCUCCCCACACACUUGAAUGCUCUGUAGAGGAGGAGGAAUCACUUAACCUAAUUAUUAGUGUAGUGGAGUGCUUUUAUUUCUUGAGUGACUCUUUUCCUUAAUUACUGACGGGAGUAGCCAAUAUUGAGAGUGAUGCUUUCAAAUAGAAUUUUCCUGAAGGAAUCUCAAGUUCUGUGCACAACUAUUUGUUUUUGUGUCUAGAAUAAAGCUGGGCUGUUAGCUGGACAGAGGUGCUGACCUCCUCAUGUCACUGUACCAAACAGACAUGUUACACCUUGUGAGAAGGAGAAACAUAUUUAAUUUUUUUUUUAAUUUAGGUUUUUUUUUUUCCCUUAUUUGCUUCUUAAGUAAAACCAAUCUAGUUUCUUUUUUCAACAGCAAAGGAGGAAGGAACAAGCAACAAAUUAAUCAGACAGGAAGUGAAUAGCCACAGAAGGACAUCUGCCUCUGACUCAGUAUGUCACAUUUAACCAGAGGCCAGAGCUUGUCCAAAAUGGCUGGCUAACGACCCCAAGUUUGCGUUAGAAGAUGAUACCUUUCUCAGGGAUGGUUUUCUGUCUUGGCUCAUGUCUCACUUGCUCUCUGUCUGCCUGUGUUCCCGAUCACGCAUGUCCUGCAGUAUCCUUUCACGGACACCAGUCUAUUGGAUUAGGACCCACCCUAAUGACCUCAUCUUAACCGGAGUACAGCUGCAAAACCUUAUUUCCAAAUAAGAUUUCUCAGCAGGACUGUUGAAAGUUUAGCCAUCCAAGAUGCCUGUCCCUCCCCCUCCAGCACCCCCACCACCCCCAACAUUUGCACUGGCCAAUACAGAAAAGCCUACCUUGAAUAAGACAGAGCAGGCUGGGAGAAAUGCUCUCCUCUCAGACAUCAGCAAAGGGAAGAAACUAAAGAAGACAGUCACCAAUGACAGAAGUGCACCAAUUUUGGACAAACCUAAAGGAGCUGGUGCUGGUGGCUUUGGUGGAGGAGGUGGCGGCAGUGGUGGAGGUGGUGGAAGUUUUGGAGGGGGCGGACCACCCAGUUUGGGAGGACUGUUCCAGGCUGGAAUGCCCAAGCUGAGAUCCACGGCCAACAGAGAUAAUGAUUCCGGAGGAAGCCGACCACCAGUUUUGCCACCAGGAGGAAGAGCCACAUCUUCCAAACCUUUUUCACCCCCAAGUGGCCCAGGGAGGUUUCCAGUUCCUUCUCCAGGCCACAGAAGUGGUCCCCCAGAGCCUCAGAGGAACCGUAUGCCUCCUCCAAGGCCUGACGUGGGCGCAAAGCCCGAUAGUGUUCCCCCUCCAGUACCUAAUACACCAAGACCCAUACAAUCAAGUCUGCACAACCGUGGCUCCCCACCAGUGCCUGGGGCACUCAGGCAGCCCAGUCCUGGGCCUGCUCCACCCCCUUUCCCUGGAAACCGAGGUGCUGCCUUUGGAGGAGGCUCCUUUCGCCAGACACCCCCAGGCUCCUCCUCACCGUUCUCCAACAGGCCUCCCCUUCCCCCGACCCCAAGCAGGGCCUUGGAUGACAAGCCCCCUCCUCCUCCUCCUCCAGUGGGCAGCAGGCCCUCCCUCCACAGAGAAGCUGGCCCACCUCCUCCCCCUCAGAACAACAAGCCUCCAGUGCCUUCCACCCCACGGCCUUCCUCCUCCUCACAGGCUACACCUCCUCCACCACCACCCAACAGGCCUGGCCCUCCUCCCCUGCCUCCGGGUGCCGGUAGCAACGAUGAAAUCCCAAGACUUCCACAGCGGAAUUUGUCACUCUCUUCGUCAACACCACUUUUACCUUCACCGGGACGUUCUGGCCCUCUUCCUCCCCCACCUAGUGAGAGACCCCCUCCUCCAGUGAGGGACCCACCAGGCAGAUCAGGCCCCCUCCCUCCACCUCCUCCAGUAGGCAGAAAUGGCAGCACAUCUCGGGCCCUGCCUGCCACCCCUCAGUUGCCAUCCAGGAGUGGACUAGAUAGCCCUAGAAGUGGGCCCAGGCCUCCUCUUCCUCCCGACAGGCCUGGUGCUGGGGCACCUCCUCCUCCUCCCCCAUCCACAUCAAUUAGAAAUGGCUUCCAAGACUCAUCCUGUGAAGAUGAGUGGGAAAGCAGAUUCUACUUCCACCCGAUUUCCGAUUUGCCACCUCCAGAGCCAUAUGUACAGACGACCAAAAGUUAUCCUAGUAAAUUAGCAAGAAAUGAAAGCCGGAGUGGAUCCAAUCGAAGAGAAAGAGGUGCCCCACCACUUCCUCCCAUCCCAAGGUGAUCGUUGCCUGACCUUCUCCACCCAAGCUCAAGACCUGCUUCUUUUGUUGCUAUCCAAGAGUUGCACGCCCUCCUCCUCUUUUCUCUCCCUUGUACCCUUUAUAUUGGCAGUAGGGAGGAAAGGAGGGUGAGGUAGGAAGAUGUGUGUGGGGGCUGGGAAUAUGGUAAAGAAAUGCAUCUACCUUUUUAUAUUGUGUAUAUUCUCAAAGCUAUGCUUGCUUCAGCUACAGCCUGCCAGUGUUGGCUGCUUGGAGGUAGAUAGGCUUUUGUGGCAAGUAGGCAGAGAUGAACUGUAGCCCAUCUUUCAACCAACCAAAUUCCAACAUUCACUGCUUAUUUGCUACAGAACUAUUGUUAAUUAAGUCCCUGAGAGCUGUUUACUUCCAUGCCUUUUAUGCAUGCUUGGCCUCCUGCCUGUUUCCAUGAACCACAGGGCCACCUAAGCAAGUUGCUGAAUGAGGGCUUCCAUGAAACUUUGGGGUUACAGGUUUCUAAUCUUUAGCAGUCUGAAGUAGGGUCUAGGACACAGCCGUCUAAUAGAGAUACAAUGUGAGCCGCAAAUACAAUUUCAAAUUUCCUAGUAGCCACAUUUUUUUAAAGUUAAAAAAGGUGAAAUGUUAAUAUUUUGUUUAACCCUAUAUAUGUAAAAUAUUAUUUUAACCUAUAAGCAAUAUGAAAAUUAUUAAUGAGAUUUUUACAUUCUUUUUCUGAUACUAAGUCUUCCAAAUCUAGGUGUAUUUUACACUUACGGUGCAUCCCAUUUGGACCAGCUACAUCUCAAUGCUCAGUAAGCACACGUGGCCGGUAGCCACCAUAUUGGACAGCAUGGGUCUAGGAGAUAGAGGCUAGCGUGAAAACCUCUUGCCUUUCUUGUUUUUGUUUUAAGAUAAGAUGAACUUCGGCAAUUCAAGAGGUAACUAAAAAUAAAAUUAAGGCCAACAACUUGUUUGGCAGACAGCUUGACCUUAGAUUUUGCUCCCUUAUCUUCCCUCUCUCCCUAGUGUCUGUAUACAAGUAUUGCUUCACAGCACCAAGAUCAGAAAUUGAUCUAUUGUGGUUUACAGUCACAUGGAAUAAAGCCAUUAGUAAGAAACUAAAAGCCUGUCGAGUCUUCCGGGCUCAGAAGCAGCUGGCUUGUGUGCUCAUUUGUCAGCUGGACUCCGGCCUGGUGGACUUGAAGCAGCCUUUAUUCCUCUCCCGACGACAGUGACGACAAGCGUGCCACUCAGGGCCAGGAGAGGCUAGGCAGGUUCCAUCAUGGGAGGAAGAAAGUCAGAGAAAGGUAGCAAAUCAGAAACGUGGGAGAAGGGAACAGAUUUCAGUCAGAGGGUAAAGCUCGCUCUAAAAAUCUAAACCUGAUACUUGAGGGAUUGAGAGAAUUGGAAGAUAGCAACUAGGAAUUGGAGGGAAUUUAUUUUGAAUCUAUCCAGGAAACUAAUUUGUCUUGGAUCUAUGCAAACAAAGCUCCACUAAAGGACCAUAGGAAGAGCCAGCCUUGCCUUUUUCAUAUGAUUUGUUUACAGAACCUUACUGGGACUUUUAAAUCUAGCUCUAGAGAUGGAAAACAAUAUUUCCACUUAGAAGUUUUCUAUGGUUGAUUGUUUAAAAUUACCAUUUUUUAAAAGCACAUGACCACAUACGUGUAUGUAUAUCUACCUAAACUUUGUGUCAUGGUUUCCGUGUGUUAUUCAUGUAUUACUGGGAGAAUUAGUAAGAAAUUACUCCAAAGAAAAAUUUGAAAAAUGCAUUCCUAUUUAUAGAAUAAAUGUUUCACUUAUAUAAAAGCAAAAGAAUUUAGGGGUGUCUAAUAAAUUAUGAGGCUACCAAUUUGAAUAUAUCGUAUUUUUAUAACUUUCCUUGCUGAAGUCCUAGACUUACUAGAGAACGUGUGUUUUUCACCCCGUCCUCUCUUAUUCAUCCGUUUUCCAUGCAGUCACUUGGGGCUCGUAUCCCAAAGAACAUCAAGAAAUAUAAAGGUGUAACAAACUUGGCAAAAAGUAAUUUCAGAAGUGCAUUUUAGCUUUAGCAUUUUGGUAAUUUAGCAGCAUCAUUUUAUUUUUGAUUCUUUGAUCUGACUUCAAAAGUGAUAAACAUUCCUACGAUAACACCUAAUGACCAGCUUCAGAAAAGAUGGAGUUUGGCUUUCCCAGACAGUAUGGCAGAGAAAAGACCAACCCCGAGAAAAUGGGCCUUAAUUUUAUAAGUUGUAGUAAGAAUUGACCAAUUUCCUUGUAUGCCCCAACUUUGCAGAGACCACCAUAAAGUUUGAAACAGGGUCACAGCUCAAAGCUCUCAUUCUCCAGAAUAGAGGAGAUGUUUUCGAAUGUAUUUUUUAACUGAAUGUUUCAUUAAUACACCUACGUAUCUUCUUUGAAAGUUAGCAUCCUCACUGCAUCCAAAACUUUGAAUAGGUUCUAUUCCAAAACCUUAAACUAUGGCAAAUCACAAAAAUGAGUAUUUUGUUCCCUGAAAUCAGAGCUUACUUGUGUUUUCUUCCCAUAAAAUUUCCAGGUUCAAAAUGCAAUACAGUAUUUUAGCAUUCACAUAUCAUUUUAUAUUGAAAUAUAUUACAGUAUUAAAAUUUAGUGUUCAGUAUCUAUGCAUUUUAUUUAGUAAAAACCAAGAAAAAUGCUUAAUCCAGUGGUGCCUUACUUUGUGAUUUGAAAGAAAUCAACUCUUUACGUCUAAGUAGCAGAUGAUUUGCAUAUUUGUAAAAACUGUUAGGCCUUUGGGCAGCUCCUGCUGGGCUGGAGCUGCUCUAACCCCUCCCCCAGGAGACUACAGCAGCCAGCCAGUCCCUGCUCGUAACCAUGUGAAAUCCUAAAGGCUGUGAUCAAAAAUGCGGACAUAUCAGAGGAGAUGCAACGAGACUUGGUGGAGCGCGCUACUCAGGCAUUGGAGAAGUAUAACAGAGAGAAGGGCAUUGUGGCCCAUAUGAAGAAGGAGCUUGACAAGAAGUACAACCCCAGCUGGCACUGCACCAUGGAGAGAAACUUUGGUCGUUAUGUGACACAUGAAACUAAGCACUUCAUAUACUUCUACCUGGGCCUGGUGGCCGUUCUUCUUUCAAAUCUGGUUAAAGCAUGGACUGUGCCCACACAUCCAGUGAUCCAUCCAGAAACAAGGACUGAGGCCUGCUUCCACAUACCAGAGACUGAAAUCUUCAGCCUUGCUGAGGAAACACCUCCACCUUUGAACUUUUAUUGUGUUGUUUUAUACAGGGCCUUCUGUGUGCUAGUUUGUUGUAGUUAUAAAACAAUUAGCAAAACAGCAAAAAAAAAAAAAAAACAGGCCUUUAUAUUUUAAGUCAUAAUACCAAUUUUGUUAUUUUAGUAGAAACAGGAAGAUUAUUAAAAUGCCCAACAAAUUUUGGUGUGACAAUUUUUCCUGUUUAUAGUCAGGGACCACUGAAGGGGGGAAAAAUGUUUUCAUACCACUGCUAUGAUGUAAACACACAUUUUGGUAUCUAUCAUCAGCGUAGUUUAAAUGGUGGGGUCGAGUCUACCCUGGACAUCUGGAUCUUUGUAAGUUAGCCAGACAGUAAAUAAAAGAGGAUGAUAUAAGUGUCAA